GGGAACCCUUUGCCCAUGGCAUUUGGGGCCAGUGAUGGCUGCUGCAGCUUUUCCCAUGUCCUCUUUCCAGGCUGUGAGCUGACCGCCCGUACCAAGUCCUACACCUUCCAGGUGGAUGAGGAAGAUGACUCUGACCACAUUUUGGCCCUGUCUGUGGUCUGUCUCACAGAGGGUGCCAAGGACGAGUGCAACGUGGUGGAGGUCGUUGGGCGAAACCACGAGAACCAGGAGAUCGCUGUGCCCGUGGCCAAUCUGAAGCUGUCAUGCCAGCCCUUGCUGAGUCUGGACAACUUCAAGCUGCAGCCUCCAGUGACUUUCCGCCUGGCAGCGGGCUCUGGCCCAGUUCACCUGGCUGGCUGGCACCAGAUCUUGCACAGGGACGAUGCUUCCUUUGAGGAGGAUGAUGACUUGUCUGAUGAAGAGGAGGAGGAGGUUGCUCCUAUCAUGCCAGCCAAGAAGCAGAGGAGGAAGCAGUAACUUGUCUCCAGGCAAGGUACUCGCUGGGACUUCUCUCCUGGGAUGGCUUUUACCUCGGACACCUCUUGCCCGGACCUCAACAUCUGCUGCUUUGUUGGUUUUUGAUUUUUUGUUUGGUUUUUUUUUUCUGUUGUAACUUUUUGGGGAGCAGAAGCUGCUCCCAGCACCAGGAUAUCUCCUUUCCCACAACACUGGGAGGUUGGUCCCAAACCUGGAUGGAUGCUGCUGGUUUAUCCCCUCUCCCCCAGCCCUGUACAUCCCUGGGAGCCAGGGAUGGAGGACGUGAUCCUUGCCCUGUGCCUUUUUGCUCUCCUGGACCUCUGCUCCCUGCACCUCCUCUCCCUACUCUCAAACACACACUCCUGGCCCCUUCCCCAGCAGAGGGACGUGAAGCCAGUGGUGGAACAGGCAGUUUCAUUGAUUUUUCAUGGUUUUGUCUUUCUUUACUCACAAUUCCGUGCUGUCAUGGUUUAACCCCAGCCAGCAGCCAAGCACCACACAGCCACUCGCUCGCUCCCCCUGCCCAGGGGGAUGGGGAAGAGAAUCAGAAAAGUGAGAAAACUCAUGCGUUGAGAUAAAGAUAAUUUAAUAACUAAAGCAAAAAGCUGUCUUACACAAGCAAAGCACAACAAGGAAUUCAUUCCCUGCUUCCCACAGGCAGGCAGGUGUUCAACCAUCUCCAGGAAAGCAGGAGUCUGUCACACCUAACGGUUUCUGGGGAAGGCAGACACCAGAACUCCAAACACCCCCACCCUUACUUCUUCCCCAGCUUUAUAUGCUGAGUGUGACACCACAUGGGGUGGAAUAUCCCUUGGGUCAGUUGAGGUCAACUCUCCUACUGUGUCCCCUCCCAGCCUCUUGGGUGCCCCUCACCUUCUUGUUGGCGGGCCAUGGGAGGAGCAGAAAAGUCCUCGACUGCUUAGCAAUAAUUAAAAUAUUACUGUGUUGUCAGUAUUAUUCUCAUCCAAAACCCAAAUCACAGUGCUAGACCAGCUAGACAGCACUUGUGAGAAGUGAAUUAUCCCAGCCCAAACUGGGACGGAUGGUUUUUAUACACCUGGAAGUGUGAAACGGGCCCGGGCUGCGUCCUUGGCUGCAGUUGUGGUGGGGUGGGAGCUCCCAGCCUAUUUGUGAUUCGGAGGGAGGUUCUAGGUCAAUGUGCUUUGUAAAGAACUUUUUACACUCUGAAUAAAGGUCUCUCAGGCGUCAGGUCUGGA